AUGAGAAUUCUCAUGUCUGCCUGCAAACAAGUAGUACAGCCGAUGGUGAGCUUCCAUGGCCCCGCGCUCACCAACAUCAACAUGGAUCCAUUUUUCCGGAGAAAAGAUAAGGUUGUGAUCGUAAUGGGAGCCACCGGGACUGGCAAGUCCCGGCUUGCCAUAGACCUCGCAAUGCAUUAUCCGGCGGAGAUUAUAAACUCGGACAAAAUGCAAGUCUACAAAGGCUUGGACAUCGUCACCAACAAAGUCACUGAGGAAGAGUGUAAAGGCAUACCCCACCAUUUGAUAGGCAAAUUCGAUCCCAACUCAAAUUUUACUGCCAAUGAUUUCAAGAACCAUGCAUCGUUGGCCAUCGAAUCCAUCUUGGAGCGUGACAGACUCCCGAUCAUUGCGGGUGGUUCGAAUUCGUACAUUGAAGCCUUGGUGGAUAAACACUCGGAGUUUCGAAUGAAGUACGAGUGUUGCUUUCUUUGGGUUGAUGUGGCCAUCCCUGUGCUCCACUCUUUCGUGUCGAAGAGAGUGGAUCGGAUGGUGAAGGUGGGUUUGGUGGACGAGGUGAGGAAAAUGUUUGACUCUACAACUGAAGCAGAAUAUACGAAUGGAAUCAGGCAAGCCAUAGGCGUGCCUGAAAUGCAUGAGUAUUUACACUGUGAAGCGAGUGGUAGUAACGAUGAUGAAACCCAAGAGAGGCUUCUUCAAGCAGCAAUUUCUAAAAUCAAAGAAAAUACUUGCAUUUUGGCGUAUCGCCAAUUGCAAAAGAUCCGCCGGCUGCAAGCUCGGCGGGGUUGGAACAUGCACCGCCUUGAUGCCACGGAAGUGUUCUUAAAGCACCAAGGGGAGGCGGAUCAAGCAUGGGAGAAAUUCGUGGCAACACCCGCCACGCGGAUGGUGGAUAAGUUCCUUUUGGACCCAAUUCCCUCCAUUCUUCCGACAGAGGCCAUCAUCACGCCACCGCGAUUCUUUCCACGUCUAUGCCGACAGUGGCUGCCGCAACACGGUAACUAG